AUGUUCGCCUCCCGCUCCCUCUCCCCGUCCUUCUCCCGCUCGCCGUCCUCCGAGUCCGCCUCUGUCCCAGUGCGCCCAGCGGCUUUCGGGCCUAUUGAAUCUGUGCUCGACAGCAUUCUGGGCGGCGAGGCAACGGGAAUACCAGAGACAAAGGUCCUCGACCCAAUAACUUCCAUAAUCACUGGCAUUGACACGCAGCUGAGACACACGGGACCCCCGACAACGGCGACCCCCCGGUCGACCUCGGCCCCUGGCGCUGCUCCUCCGAAGACCCCGCCGAAUGGUAUUCCCCAGUCUCCUGCAAGCACCGCGCCGCCCGGCUCAACAAAACGGGGCGCGCUAUCCACCUUCGGCCCUGGCGUGCCGCCCAACACCUCUGUUGGUUCGCUUGGGCAUGCUAGCGCCAGUGGUCUCGGUUCUGAAUCCUCACCACGGCCGUCAAGUGGCCCCACAGUCACGGCCAUGACCACGGCGACGACCACCGAGCGCAUCGCUACGCCUGCACGCCUCAAUCUGGCGCUGAUAGUCGGGGUGAUCGUCGGCAUGUUAUUGUUUCUCGCGGGAAUGGCCAUGGCUCUCUACUGGUGGCGCUCGCGACGCCGAAGAGCGCAGGCGACGACGAGCAUCCCAUAUCCUGCGUCCGACUCAGAUUUCAAUGCUGGCGAGACGCUCACGGCCGGGCUGGGUGUGCGAGAUGCCCCAUAUCCCGGAAUACCUAGCUCCUCAACCCAGGAACUCCUCGGCUUUUCCAGCAGCUCUUCGGCCUCUUCAAACGAGAAGGAAAGCGCGUCAUCAGCCCCCAUGGCGCAACCUACACUCCCGCUCGCUCCCACCGCUCACAUCCAUUCCUAUGGGCUGCGGCCACUGCCUACGCCCGCAUCAGCGCCGGAUUCGUAUUGGGCUCAUGGCCGGCCUGGCAGUACUAGUAGUGUACGUGCACCGGGUACUUCAGCACCAUCGCGCGGGUCGUUCGAGACCCUGCCGCCGUAUAGCCGAUAA